GCAGAUGGAUAAUUGGAUAUGUAAUACCUGUGUUCAGAAGCCAUGAAUUCCAGAAAAUUACUCUCAGAAACACGGAGAACUUUUCCUGCUACUAAAGCCCCCUGCCAGCAGCCAUCGCGGAUUCUCAUUGUGGAUGUCACCUCCCCUUCCUGGGCCAAUACUUGCUCUGUGCUCUGCGAGGCCCUGGAAAACACGCUGUGCUUGGCAUGUGGCUUGGCAGGGCCCUGCCGUGUGCCCCUGCUGAGCCUCUACGUGGUGCAGCCCCAGCAGGAGUGUCUGCUGCCCUUCACGCAAGUGAAAGAAAACUUUGGGCGAAUUCAAGCCUGCAUUUCGGAGCUGCGUUUGCUCCCAGCAGAAGGCUCCUUCCCACAGGGGGGAAGUGGAGUGGUACAAGCUGUGCAGGAUGGAUUGCAGCAAUUCAAACAAUACAGCAGACACACAGCAGCAGGAGGCUCAACAAACAGUUCUGUUGAGAUCACAGUUCUGACUAGCCAGUCCAGCAAAGAAAUGGUAAAACAGCUGGAAAAGAAGUUAAAAGAUGUAGACCUUGUGAGUCUGCGAAGACUACAAGUCAUUGAGGUUUUGAAGAGAGACUUCCUGGAGCCCGAGGAUGUGGAGCAGUGUGUGCCAGCAGAAGAGCCCAGCAGCAGUGAUAUUGCAAUCCUGGGAAUGGACAUUGAUGUGCAAACUGUAGAGGACAAUGUCAUCAGCUUGGAGAUGCUGUUUAAAACAUGGCUCCAUGACUAUGGCACGGAGAGGGAACAGCUCCAUCUCCUCCUUCCAUUGGGAGGUUUCAGCCAUGCUGCUGCACCCAAGAGCACCAUAAUGUGCCUGAAGUGCGACUUGCAGGAGAGACUGCUCGACCCAGCUCUGCUUUCGGGGCCGGCUGAUGGCACUGGGAGAGCAGCAGAUCCCAGUUCUCCCUGGCACGUGGCAGCCUGGCCAGCCCCAGGGCUGCACAAACUCCAGGUGGUAAAGGCUCUGAAGUCUGAAGGUGUCUGUGAGUCUGUACUGUAUGGCCUGCCCUUCAUCAUCAAGCCCACGAGCUGCUGGCAGCUGGACUGGGAUGAACUGGAGACAAACCAGCACAGCUUCCAUGCUUUAUGUCAUAGUCUUCUGCAAAGGAAGUGGAUGCUUUUGGCCAGGCACGAACCUCAGAACGCCAAUCCAAACUGGAACAUUGUGGUGCAUUCCUAUUAUGUCAUCGUCCCUUCCGACUCUGCCACUCUACUUGUCAAAGCAGUCGCCAUCAGGGAGCUCCUGCUGCCUUCAGCCUUCCCAGCCCUCCUCGCUGAGCACCCCGAGCGCAUCCGUGGCCCCAUAGAGAGUGCCCUGAACAGCUUGGAAGUGGAAGUUGCUUAUAACCCCUUACACCUAAAAAGCAACCUCUACAAAUACCUGAAGAGUUCGUUGUACAAACCUCCACAUCGGCAGCAGGCCCAGCCCCGGGAGCAGCGCCCGGAGCGGCAUCAGCCCAAGCAGCCCCAGAGCAGAGCCAAAGCUGCAGUGGCACCCCUUCUGAUGGCUCCCUCUCCCCUCCAAACAUUCAGACCAGCAGCAGCGAGGAGAGACUGCUGUGAGCGCUCUCCCCUCCCCAGGGAUUUUGUUCGUCACCGACUCAGUCUACAGGAAGUUUCUGCUCUGGGACCCUCUGUCCAGAGAUCCAGCUAUCCCCCACAACACCACGUAUUUCCUGUUCUUGUCUGCACACAUCACAAGCAUGCCUCAAAUUUUGGUUUCUGAGACUGGGCUAACACAGGCCACAAACCACAGAUUGCUGUCAGCGGGUGCGGAGGAGCUGCAAGCAGGGUGGUGAGGAAAUCAGACAGACAAGGCAGGCAGUGACACCGAGCUGCCUUCAUCCUGCAGCAGCAGGGUCAGUGGGGUGCCUGGAAUUCCUUAAAGCCUGGAAUUCUGCCCUCCCAGGCACAGCACUACCCAUGAUGAUGAUGAUUUGCUUGCUUCCGAGGCUGGCCUCGCUGUCCAACACCCCAGGCAGUGAAGGGGUUUGUAGCAAGUGCCAAGCCAGGGCUGGCUCCUGCACAGUGACAUCUCAUGCAGUUGGAACUGCAGCACAGCCCCAGCCCCAUCUCCUCCUCCUGGACCACCUGUGCCUAUGGGGCUGGUCCACGAGCCAACACAGCAAUACUUUUUGGCAGGGUUCAGAAGAUUCUCAGAUCAUAGUAUGACGUGGCAGGGGAAAAAUGCAGCACCACACUGGCCUAGAGCUUUUCAAGAGAGUUUCUGCCCAGUGCUGGCACAUGUCAGCCUGGUUUUCAGUGCAGGUGUAGGGCAGCUGCCCCUGGCAGGGCAGAAGCUGAGGGCAGCUCAACCAAACCAAGGUGGGGUGGUCUCUACCAGCCCCCUAAUGCCAAGCACCAGCACGGUUUGUGUUCUACUUACUUUGUUCUG